GGACGUAAAAUGGGCGCGACUUAAAACAGCAUGACUCUGGUAUUUUUUGAAGUCGCUGUUGUUUUUGAAGUUCUGGAGAGAAGCCAGUAACCGGAUCUCUAACUCAGACAUGGAGAUUAGCGAGGCAAAUAUGGACAGUUUUGGAAUAGAAGUUAUUCUUCCAGAGGAGGGAAAAACAGCGCCACGUUGUCCGCAUGGUCCUACUUUACUUUUUGAGAAGGUUGACAAUGGAGGCAAUAAGGGCAGGCGGUUUUAUGCGUGCUCAGCCUGUCGAGACAGGAAAGACUGCGGCUUUUUUCAGUGGGAAGAUGAAAAGGUGUCAAAAGCCAGGAUGCUGGCCAGAGAAGCAGAGAUGCUGUCAAAGAGGCCUCGGUUCACUCAGCAGGAAUGUUGUAGCAGGUUUGUGCAGUUUGCUUCUCUCCCAUUUAUUGAGAAGAAGUUCUGUGAGGAUUGUCAGAUCCUUCUCCUGCCUGCAGAGCACAGCGCUCACUCUGCCCACAGGACCACAGCGGUCACCGCGGCCCAGCUGAGGAGGCCCAGCAUCCUGCUGUGUCCGCUAGACAAUAAGAAGAGCAACGCCCAGUACCUGUUCACCGAUCGCAGUGCACACUUCCUGCUGGAUACUUUAGUUGGUCUGGGAUAUAAAAAGGUUCUGUGUGUGGGGACACCUAGACUACAGGAACUGAUCAAGCUGAGAAACCUGGAGCCAAUGAAGAGUUUGUUGCUGGACAUUGAUUUCAGAUAUGCUCAGUUCUACAGUCAGGACGAGUUCUGUCACUAUAACAUGUUUAACCACCACUUCUUUGGCGGAGAGGCCUCCAGAGCUGUUUUGGAUGCAUUCCUGACAGAGGCGGAUGGGGAGCAGGUGGUGAUGGUAGCAGACCCUCCGUUCGGCGGACUGGUCAAACCUCUGGCCAACAGUUUCUCCUUGAUUUCUCAAACGUGGAAGAAGCUGCGGAACUCUGGUGACUCUAACAUUGACAUUCCCAUCAUUUGGAUCUUUCCGUACUUCUUUGAGCCUCGCAUCCUGGAGUGUCUCCCUGCACUGACCAUGCUGGACUACCAGGCAGCUCUUCAGAAGCAGAGGCCACAGCUCCAGGUGGACUAUGACAACCAUCCUCUCUAUAAACACGGGAAGACGGGCAGGAGGCAGUCUCCUGUCAGACUCUUUACUAAUAUUCUACCCAAACAAGUUGUUCUGCCCAGAGAGGAGGGCUACAGAUUUUGCUCCAUGUGUCAGAGAUAUGUGUGCUCCCUGAACAAACACUGCACUAAAUGCAAUCUUUGUCCAUCCAAGGAUGGCCGUGAAUGGAAGCACUGCUCAGCAUGUGGGAAAUGUGUGAAACCAUCCUGGAGCCACUGCACGUCCUGUGGCCGCUGCGCUCUGCCGGACCAUCCCUGUCGGCAAGGUGAUGGGGGUAACGGCUGCUUCAGCUGCGGCAGCCUGGAGCACCAACGGAAAGCCUGUCCUCUCAGAGAUAUGCGGAGGAAGAACAGUUUGGGGCCUAAAGCCAAGAGUCUGGGGAAGAAAGCUUCCCCUUAUCUAGCGAAGCCUGGAGCCAAGAAGAAGUCUGGAGUAGCAAACAGAGCAAAGAAAAGAGCUGCUAAUGCUCUGUGAACUCUCAUCAGGUUAUUUUUGUAACUUUUACGAAAAUGUAUUUUUUUCCAUAUUUGUUCCAACUGACACCAUGUCUUGACAAAAUAAUAUGAGACAGAUAAUCUGUGAAAAGAUCAAAAUGCACCACUCCUGGUUAAAAACAACUGUUCAGAGCAAGGAGGAGGGUCUUAAAGCUGUCAAUCACACCUGUGUACAUGCUACUCCAUGUGCUAAUGGUGGAGAAACACCACCAAAUUAUUACUUGUUGUCAUGCUAACUAGCAUGAUUGAGAGCGCUAAGACCCUCCUCCUGUCUCUGAUUGGUUGUGUCUGACUAAGUGGUGUAAUUUUGCCGUUAGUACUGGAAACACUGGGAGAAGGCAGAGGAGCUCAAUCUUUUUCACACAGGAUCUGUCUUAUAUUGUACUGUUACAAAGAUCAUUUUAACAAAUAUGUAAAAAAAUCUAUUUUCUAUUAAAGAUGCAUACUGAAUCUUUACCAGCUUCAAACAUUGUUAGAAACUAACUAUAGGUGUGGAAAAACAUAUAAUUGACUCACCUGUACUUUUAUAAAACAAAGAUGAAACCAAGUUGGAAAAGGUGUGUGAAAAACUAGUUGACUGGAUAUCUUGUAGAACCCCAUUCAGUGGUUGGUCCCACCACAACAUUUAAAUCAGGCUGAUGUCUGGGCUUUGACUAGUUCAUUGCAACAACUGAACUCUUCUCCAGUCAUUCUGUUGUCGAUUAGCUGCUGUGUUCCCUCGAUCACCUGACCCAGCUGUUGGACAGAUGGACUAGGGACUAACUAAAACACUUUGGUGUACAAAGGAUAUCUAAGUCUUGUGCCUGCAGAUAAACAAUUUCAAAUUAUCACCUUCCCAACACCGUAGGUGAUAGUAUGAGAUGUUUCUGCUGAAGUGCUCUUUUUCUUUGCUCUCACCUUUUCUGUCAUCUGUCCAAAGAACAUUGUGUCAGAAUUUAAUUAGUGCUGCUAUAUUGUUUUCAGAGACGAUAAAUCUUCUCCUGGAAAACCUUCCAAACAGCCAAUCGUUUCAGUACAAUUGUCCUACAGUAAUAUUAGGAAUAAUUUUAGAAUAUUUUGAACCCCAAAUUAUUUUUAUCAGGAUGUGAGACUUAAAAUUAAAAGAAUAGGUGCUUUUUAAACUACAAAUAAAAAUCAGACUGGCUGUUGUUAAAAAUUCCAUGUUUGAGUUCAAUAAAGAAAGACUCAAUGUGAA